AUAGAAAAAUCAGCCAGGCGUGGGGGCACGCACCUGUAAUCCCAGCUACUCGGGAGGCUGAGGCAGGAGAAUCACUUGAACCUGGGAGGCAGAGGUUGCAGUGACCCGAUAUCAAGCCAUUGCACUCCAGCCUGGGUGACAGAAGGAGACUCCAUCUCAAAAAUAAAAAAGAAAAUUUUUGAUGCUGUUUAUUGUUUGUUUGAUACUAAAAAACAUCUUAGCCUUUGUAAGUCCCUCUAAAUAUAGGAUGUGAGUUGCGCUGGUAGAGAAUGUAGCAGAAUCUCUUUCCUGGCUCCUAGGAUGGCACAAGAAUAUUUUCUAAAGGGUCUGUCUCGGCCCAGCUUCAAGCCCAAGAUAUUGGACCAAAGCAGAGGCAGCACCUGACCUAGUGUUUCCCAAGUUUUAUUUUUACAUACGAUAGUGGAAAAUGCAUACCUCGGCCUGACUCGCAUGUUGCUUAGUUGUUUAUGUGUCUGUCUGUCUCAUUGGGUCGUGAAUUUGGAACAGAUGUUACCUGGUUUGGGUUUGUAUCUUGCCUCUUCAUGCGAUGGGCAAGUGUUUGUUGAAUUAGAUUGGGGUUGAAAUGUAUUAGGGCGAAACAUGCAAAAUUACAAGAGAACUUCUAUUGUAAAAGAAGAAAACUAAGGAAAAACUUGUUUGACUUGUUGAAGUUGUGGAAAUGGAGUCGCAACUUAUCAUUACAAUUAUUCUGGAUAUGAAAGGAGGAGUUAGUCUUUUUUUUUUUUUAAGACGGAGUCUGGCUCUUACCGCCCAGGCUGGAGUGCAGUGGUGGAAUCUCGGCCCACUGCAACUUCUGUCGGUCUCCCAGAUUCAAGCAAUUCUCCUGCCUUGGCCUCCUGAAUGGCUGGGACUACAGGUGCCCACCACCAUGCCUGGCUAAUUUUUGUAUCUGUUUUUUAAUUUAAAAAAGAUUUGUAUUUUUAGUGGAGAUGGAGUUUCACCAUGUUGGUCAGGCUGGUUGUGAGCUCCUGACCUUAGAGGAUCUACCUGCCUCGGCUUCCCAAAGUACUGGGAUUAUGGAUGCCCACCACCUCACCUGGCUAAUUUUGUGUUUUUAGUAGAGACGGGGUUUCACAUGUUGGCCAGGCUGGUCUUGAAGUCCUGAUCUCAGGAGGAUUUAGUCUUUGGUAUUAUAUAACCCAGGCAGUUCAAACUGAUGCCAAAGCAGAUAACCUGCACAGUGUCCUAAAGUGGGGCAUGGAGGAUGUUCCCAGUGGCUAAAUACUGUGUUUCCUUCCUAGUCUUGGAAGCAUAUAUAUUUGCCAGUGCUGUCAUCCAUUUUCCUCUUUGUAUUUCUGGUUCAAAAUUCUCUUUGUGGGUGUUGGAUUCUAAAAUAAAUUACAUAUACUGUGUGAAAAAAUCUGCAUAUGUUUCAGAAGCAAGGUUACAGCUGCCCUAGUCAUAACUUAAUUUGAACAGGGUUGGAGAAGUGGAUUAUGUUGUAAACUCCUGGAAAGCAAGGGACUCCCUAAAGUAUUUACAUGAUCAGGUUUAGUGGGACCACGUCAUAAAUUUGGAAUGCUGAAGGGAAAAUUAUAGAUUUUGAUACUGAAGGAAAUGAAGCGAAGUCUAAAUGAAAAUUCAGCUCGAAGUACAGCAGGCUGUUUGCCUGUUCCAUUGUUCAAUCAGAAAAAGAGGAACCGACAGCCAUUAACUUCCAAUCCACUUAAAGAUGAUCCAUGUAUCAGUACUGCUUCUGACAAUUUUGAUUUUCCUCCUCUACCUGCAGAUUGGGCCUGGGAAGCUAUGAAUCCAGAGUUGGCUCCUGUAAUAAAAACAAUGGACAGUGGGCAAAUACCACAUUCAGUUUCUCAUCCUCUGAGAAGUCAAGAUUCUGUCUUUAACUCUGUUCAGUCAAAAUCUGAAAGAAGCCAGAGUGGUUGGAGCUACAAAGAUGGCAACAAAACUACCAACUUGAAAACUUGGAAUAAAAAUGAUUUUAGGCCUCAGUGUAAACGAACAAACUUAGUGGCAAAUGAUGGAAAAAAUUCCUGUCCAAUGAGUUUGGGAGCUCAGCAACAAAAACAGUUAAGAAUACCUGAACCUCCUAACUUAUCUUGCAACAAAGAAACUGAGCUACCUAGGCAAACACAUUCAUCAAAAAUAUCUGGUUCCACAAUGAGAGAGCUAGACAAAAACAGUACAUUACAGACAUUUAAGCCCAAUUUUCAACAAAAUCAAUAUAAGAAACAAAUGUUGGAUGAUUUUCCAGAAGAAAACACUCUGAAGGAAACCUCAUUGUAUCAGGUACAGUUUAAGGAAAAAGACAAUUCUUUAAGAAUUAUUUCUGCAGUUAUUGAAAGCAUGAAGUAUUGGCGUGAACAUGUUCAGAAAACUGUACUUCUUUUUGAAGUAUUAGCUGUUCUUGAUUCGGCUGUUACACCUGGCCCAUAUUAUUCAAAGAAUUUUCUCCUGAGGGAUGGGAAAAAUACUCUGCCUUGUGUAUUUUAUGAAAUUGAUCGUGAACUUCCAAGACUGAUUAGAGGCCGAGUUCAUAGAUGUGUUGGCAACUAUGACCAGAAAAAGAACAUUUUCAAAUGUGUUUCUGUCAGACCCGCAUCUGUUUCUGAACAAAAAACUUUCCAGGCAUUUGUCAAAAUUGCAGAUGUUGAGAUGCAGUAUUACGUUAAUGUAAUGAAUGAAACUUAAGUAGGGAUAAAAGGAAGUUUAAAUAGCAUAAAUUAUAGCAGUUUUCUGUUAUUGCUUAAUUUACCAUCUCCAUAGUUUUAUAGCUACUGUUUUCCUGUAUUUCACUUGUUGAAUUAAAGUACUUGAAUCCUUUUAAAUGUG